AUGGCCCCCCUUUCUUUAUCUAUGGUCCAGGGACCCCGAGAGCCACCCCUCCGUCAUCUCACGUUGAGAGAGCUUAUGGACCAGCAAUCUGAGAGAUUUGGGUCUAAAGAUGCCAUCAUUGUGCCGUGGAGUGGUGCCCGACUUAGUUUCCAAGCCUUGAGCCAGCAUACACAGGAUCUCGCUAAAGGGCUUCUUGCCAUGGGUAUCGGCAGGGAUGAUCGAGUUGCGAUCUUCUCAGGGGACGAUGAACGAUUUGCCGAGUUGGUUAUUGCUGUGACUCGGAUUGGCGCUGUUCUGGUGGUGCUAAAUAAGACUUUCACAUUCGUGGAGUGUGAUCGGGCCAUCCGACAUACAGAAGCUUCUUUGCUCUUCAUAGGUGACAUGGUGAACUUCAAAUCAACUAGGCCUCUCAUCCAGCAUAUCCAGACCCACCCAGUUCCUGGCCUGAAGCAGACCGUCUUGAUCCGAACCAAUUAUGUUGAUACUAUUGAGCUAGUCACCUGGGAUGAUAUUCUACGUUUAGGGAACUCGGUGUCACUGCAAGACUUACACCAAGCGCAGCACUCGGUGCAUUAUCAUGAUAUAGCCUAUGUCCAGUUCACUAGCGGAACAGCCGGGGUCCCAAAAGCUGCUAUGCUUAGCCAUUAUGGCAUCAUCAACAAUGGACGCAUGUGCGGUACCCGUUUGAAUCUAAGCUCAGAUGAUAUCGUCUGUUGUCCGCCACCAUUGUUUCACGCCCCGGCUCAUGUCUUUUGGGAGUUGGACCUGGCGAUCCGAUCGGCCAGUAUCCUGUGA